CCUGCGAGUAGGCGUUUCCGGCCAUUCAUACUCCGGUCCGGUGGCCCACGGUUGUCGGGUUUUGUGCACUCUCGGACAGAAAUCUUCGUGAGGAUGAAGCUCGUGAGAUUUUUGAUGAAAUUGAGUCACGAAACUGUAACCAUCGAAUUAAAGAAUGGAACACAGGUCCAUGGAACAAUCACAGGUGUAGAUGUCAGCAUGAAUACUCACCUUAAAGCUGUGAAAAUGACCCUGAAGAACCGAGAACCUGUACAGCUGGAAACACUGAGUAUUCGCGGGAAUAACAUUCGAUAUUUUAUUCUGCCAGACAGCUUACCUUUGGAUACACUACUUGUGGAUGUUGAACCAAAGGUGAAAUCUAAGAAAAGAGAAGCUGUUGCAGGAAGAGGCCGAGGCCGAGGAAGAGGAAGAGGACGUGGUCGGGGCAGAGGAAGAGGGGGUCCUAGGCGAUAAUGUCUCUCAAGAUUACUGUUUCAAAGUGAUAUGCGAUUUGGGAUAUUUUUUGUACAGGUUUUGUUUGUUUAUGUCAGUUUUUAAUAAACAUAAAUGUAGGCCA